AUGGGCUCUGCUCUAAAUCACGUGAUCAAUGACUACGAUGGGGAUGAUCCCACCUCUAAUGGGAUCAUUUUAUCCCUCAUCUCAGCCAUAAUCUUCUCUUGUGCAGAAGGUGCAUCCAGAGACAAAAAUUCUGCAGGUGAGCCAAGUGCCUACGGUGCAGAAUGCACCGCUGGGUGUGGUGGAGGCUGUGGUGGAUGA